AUGGAUGAAACCUUGCCCAAAUACACCAUCAGAGAUCUAAUCACUGACGAUGGGGGUGAGGCCCGCGCUGCGCAGACUGUACGUGCCCGCAGAAAAGCCAUGGAAGACUCUAAGCAUGUGUUCUCAAAGAAGGACAUCCUCUUCAUUGUCCUGGCUGCUCUCGCCAUUCUGUGCUUCGGCGGGUUCAUGGUCCCUCUUGCGCCAAAGCUCAGUUCGGGGUCUGAUAAACAGCAAGGGGAUCACCAGGUUCGAGAACGACAUCUGGCAGCGAGAUGUGGCCCUACUGAAACACAUUGGGCAGCCUAUCCGGGUUCGAAGAGUCUCGACACAGUUGCGUCCUCAUUAAUGGAGGCGACCAAGACCACGACUGUGUUUAGUACUGUAACACUUGUAUCGGAUCACUUCUCGACCAUCACAGUGACGGCGAUACUUCCCGAUGCGAAAUCUGUCAUGCCUCAAUCCUCUCUUUCACCGGGACCAAGCUUUCCAGUGAACACGACAACCUCUGGGAAGCAGGAAGGACCAUCGGACAGCUAUAUCUGGACGACGCCCACCACAACAGUGUCAAGCACAACCUCUGACACUGCGAUUGAACCACCAUCCUCGUCGACAGCUCAGUCACCAGUUCCGACUGAAAACGUGCUUACCACAAGUAGUGUCGCGAGCUUCGAAACGGACAAGAAACCCUCGAGCGCGUUCCCAGUCACUGCUUCGUCCAUGGAAAUUGCCUCGAUUCCUGGAGACGCGAGCCUAAGCAAGAUAACAACGGUAGAGCCACCCGCUCCAAGCUCCUUUUCCGCAUUUUCCAUCGAAGCUAACACAUCGCCGGAAGAAUGCUUGGAAGUCUGGUCAAAUACCACCUCCGCUGGGAGUACUAUGUCGCCCCUGGAGUCGGCACCUUCCACGCCUACUUCAAGCUCUCUCAGUGACCCGAUUGUUCAUUCAGUGUCUGCUCCAACAGGUUUGCUAGCUCCACCUUCUACGGUUUACUCGACAGAACUCGUUACUUCGCUAUUUCAACCUGAUUUCCCUCCUCGAUCAACCAGUACGACUAUCGUGGUCGUGAAAGAGGGGACCUCCACCGCUCCAAUUGUGACUCUUGUAGCCACUAAUGGCUAG